AUGGCAAACCCCUUCUUGAUGGACAAUGAGCCGAUGGGGGGCAACGAGCCAGUCUGCAACCCAUUCCUAUUCGGCGAUGACGCACAAGAUGAUGCUGAGAGCGCGGCGGGGGUGGAUGAUAAUCCAUUCUUGGCGCAGGCCAGCAAUCCAUUCGCGGACUUUGGUGGUGAGGCGGAAGAACCGGCAGUAGCAGUCGCACCAGCAAUGGCCAGCAUGAAUGAUCUGUUUGGGACUGCGGAGGUCAACGCGGUGGUGACAACCGGUGCCGAAAUCUUUGGAGUAAGUGAUAGCGUUAUGUCUGUGACACAUCAUCAAACUUCAAACAGUGCUGCAAACUUUUUUGACACUACAAUCAAUGACGACGAUGAUCUGGUCAUCCCGAAACCGAUGGACCUGCAGUUGGGACCCCACACCAACAACAAUCUGAUGGAUGAUGCCAUGAUGCAGGCAUACUCUAGUGAAGAUGAACUCAAGUCGGCCAAAGGGAACCACAAAAUGCCACCUCCCAGACCUAUACCACCCUCCCAAGCAACGCAGCAACUGAUUAGCUCGAUCGCGAGCCAACUCGAUCAAACCAGCACAAAUCUACUGCAAAAGAUUCCGGCUACCAGAACGCCCAGUCCGGUGUCCAUGAGAGAUCUGCACUCUCCCAGUCCAACACCUGAAUUUGGCGAUCUGUUAUCCGCAGGGGACCAGCUGCCCCAUUCCGACUCGCAACCCCAGGACAAUUUCUUCGGCACUGGUAUGACACCCGUUGGUAAUGACAAUCCUUUCGCUGAUCCCGUAGUCCCGAUCGCUGCUAAACCCGAAGUUCAGAAGCCUCCGCGUCCAAGACCACCUCCACCACGCCCAGCCCCACCUAAAAGCUCACUAGUUUCGUCACCGGUUGCAGCGCCCCAACCCAUUCCUGCACCCCAACAGGAGGCAGAUCUGUUCGAUCUUUUUGGCACCACGACUUCUAAGACUUCUCCACCAAAACCACCGGCACAUAAGACCAAGGAAGACAUUCUAUCGCUUUUCUCAACGCCUACUGUGGCACCUGCAGCCGCUCCCGAACCGAAGCAAACCGAUUUGCUCAGUGGUGACUUCGAUGACAUAUUCGGGGGAACCAACGAAGGAUCCCAAGCGUUUAUUCCCAACCUCUCGGAGAAUCUUGUGCAAUCUCAAAUGCCACCCCCACCACCGGAAGCUACCACGGUCGCAGCACCAUCACCAGCAACAGCCUUCGAAGCGGAAGUCGUUGAACCAUCUCCGAUACAGCAAGAGCCACCGGUCAGCUGCGAGCCCCCGGUUGAGAUCGAGCAACCCCACGUCGAACAGCAGCCCGAGUUCGUGUUUGAUGUAGCUCCACCCGCUGAGUGUAUGACGAUCCGUUCGGAGGGCUCCACCGAUCCGAGUCCAACCGGGUCGAAUGUUACGUCCAGUAACAUCCCGAGUUCGGUUUCGGGAAGCAUUGUAAACAUUGCCGCCGAUGAGAUGAAAAUUGAUGAGGCGCUACCCGAAAUGAACGCUCCGAUGGAACCAUCGAUGGAACCAUCGAUGGAACCCACCAUCGAUGACCAUCCGAUGAUGGUGGUUCAGGACACGCAUAAUCACGUGGACGCGUUACCGCCGGUAGCCAUCUCCACGAUUGCUUCGCAGUUGUUCUACACCGAACCGGACGUGACAACGGCGGCGAUGGUGACGGCAGAUAGCGGUGCCAUCAAUCCGUUCGCGAUGGAAGAUGAUGUGCCGUACACGGCGGCGGCAGUAACGGUCAGUAACGAUUAUGCGAAUGAUUUGUUUGGAAAUACCGCGAAUAACAAUAAUACGGUACUGGCGGAUCCAUUGGAAGGUUUCGGGCAAACGCAACUACAGGAACCUGACGCGUUCGAUUCGUUCGCGGCCAAAUUUGAAGGGACACACAACAAAGGUGGGAAUAUUUUCUUGGACGGGGCGGAUCUCGGCACGGAGGUCACUGCGGACGAUGCAUUCGGGACGGCUGAUGCCUGGGGAACGGGGGAGGUUUCCGGCGGGGGAUUCGAUACUGGGAACGAAGGGUUUGGGAAUGAUGAUGGGUUUGAUGAUCCGUUUUUGACGAUGCAGGCACCUCCGGUGCCGGAGGGAACUCCAUUUGGGCGAUCUGACUCGCGGGAUUCGGACGAAGGAAAUAAUCAGUUUAGCGUUGUUAUCCGACCGAAAGAAGGAAUCGAUAUGGGCCUAGCACCCGCCUUGGCUCCACCGCCGAAGAGCCCACAGACUGCGUCGAUUUACUCAGGCGAUUCUUCACCCCGAGUGAACCCAUUCGACAGGGGAGAGACUGAUGAUGCCACGCUGGAGUUAACUCUUCCGGAUUCAACACCCCAACUGCAGCGCACCGAUUCGCAGGAAACGCCACCGACGCCACUCUUCGAUGAGGACGUAUCGCAACCGCUGGAGGACUUCCCUCGCGUUGUGUACUCGGGUGAGGGCUGGGAGAUGCAGCUCCGUCAGCCCAACAAGAAGAAGAUCACCGGCCAGCGGUUUUGGAAGAAAAUCUACAUCCGCCUGGUCGUACAGGGUGACAAUCCGGUGCUCCAGUUGUCCAACGCGGCUACCGACAAGGAACCUUUCCAGGAGCUUCCCCUGCAGGCAUGCUACUCGGUGUCGGAGAUUAGUUCCCAGCAGUACGACAACUUCGGUAAGAUCUUCACCAUCAAGCUGCAGUAUGUGUUCUAUAAGGAACGACCCGGAGUGAGGCCAGGACAGGUGACUAAGGCCGAGCGGUUGACGAACAAGCUCAGUCAGUUUGCUGCGUACGCCAUCCAGGGUGACUACCAGGGCGUUAAAGAGUUGGGUAGUGAUUUGAAGAAGCUGGGUUUGCCGGUGGAACACGCGCCACAGAUCUCCCAGCUUUUCAAGUUGGGUUCGAUGAAUUAUGAGGACAUGAAACAGUUUUCGGUCUGUAUUGAGGAGGCGCUGUUCAAGAUGAACGUACACCGGGACCGAGCCUUGACGUAUAAGACGGAAGAGGUUCAGGUGACAGCGGUUGACGAGCUGUACGUUGAGCAAGACGCAGAGGGUCGCGUGAAUAAGCAGAUUGCGAGGGUUCGUCUAUUCUUUUUGGCGUUCCUUUCGGGGAUGCCCGACAUCGAGUUGGGAGUGAACGAUUUGUGGCGUCAGGGUAAGGAAGUCGUUGGCCGACACGACAUCAUUCCGGUUGUGACUGAGGAAUGGAUUCGAUUGGAGGGGGUGGAGUUCCACGGGUGCGUCCAGCAGGACGAGUAUGAAAGGAGUCGCACCAUCAAGUUUAAACCGCCGGACGCGUGCUAUAUCGAGCUGAUGCGCUUCCGCAUUCGACCGCCCAAAAAUCGGGAACUUCCGUUGCAGUUGAAGGCCACUUGGUGCGUUACGGGCAACAAAGUGGAGCUUCGGGCUGACGUUCUGGUGCCAGGGUUUGCCUCACGCAAGCUUGGGCAGAUUCCUUGCGAGGAUGUGUCCAUUCGGUUCCCCAUUCCCGAGUGUUGGAUUUAUUUGUUUAGAGUAGAGAAGCACUUUAGGUACGGCUCGGUGAAGUCAGCUCAUCGUCGGACGGGUAAAAUCAAGGGUAUAGAACGUUUGCUUGGCACCGUGGAGACACUCCAGGAAUCGUUGAUCGAGGUGACAUCGGGGCAGGCCAAAUAUGAGCACAAUCAUCGGGCUAUCGUGUGGAGGUGUCCUCGGCUGCCAAAGGAAGGACAGGGAGCUUACACUACGCAUCAGUUGGUGUGCCGAAUGGCACUGACAAGCUUUGAUCAGAUUCCUGAACAGCUGGCUCCGUACGCGUACGUGGAGUUCACCAUGCCGGCCACACAGGCGUCCCAUACCACGGUAAGAUCAAUCAGUGUACAAGACUCGGAAAGCGACGAGCCUCCGGAGAAGUACGUGCGAUAUUUGGCUCGGCACGAGUACAGAGUUGGCAUCGAGCACACGACGAGUGAAUCGCUGAAUCCAUACCUUGCGGCGACGACCGUUUCGAAGCCAAUUCAGGAAGAGCAGCCGAUGGCUACGACGCCGAUCGCACCCAGCGAUUCCGAUUCCGACUCGAACUAAAGCGAGAGGUGGGCUUUUGGUGACUAGUUUUCAAUAACGGUAAGUUCAAAGCAAUAUUUGGUGAAAUCGGUGGUGUUAAAGUGCGCGCUGGUUUGGUUGAAAUUGAGAUUUUGGAUUAUACAUUCUCAGCUUAUAGGCGGUGAGGUUAUCCACACACUAACAGCUUUCAAAGAGUUCACAAGUUGGGAAAAAAGUUAUGAAAACUAGAAAUAGAUGUUAUUGAAUUAUAUUAGUUUGACAAUAAAUCAUAUUUAUGACAUAAAAAAUAAAGCUUAAACCAGUAACAAAACAAGUAUUACGAAAAGGAUAUCAUUACUAUAAAUACCAAUCUUAUUUAAGAGUCGGAACAGAGAACUGUUAUGUUUAAGGGGGUUAACUUUUGUUCCGUGAACUUGUUUUCCGUUAGAGCUUUUAACAAAUUUUCUCACUUGUCUGUACAUAAUUUAGUUAAAGUAUGGUAAAACAACAAUCUAGUCAUUAGUUUAUCACGUAGUUAUAAACAUGUACUAUCUAUCGUAGAAUAUCAACAGAAUGACUUAAUAGUAAACAAACAAAGAAACAAAACAAGUACACACCUAAUGAAUGUUGAAUAUGCAGAAUAUUGAUACUCGUUGCAGCAGUUUAAUGCAAACUUGAUUGUUAGCGUUUUUUCUCGGCAAAUGUCCAAAGAGCAGAUCAAAAUCAUCGCUGUUCCCUCCUCGCUGCUUUUUCGGUAUCACACAUAUCAGUAGCUAACUGAUUUAGUUCUCGAUUGAGUUAGUAUCCCCGAAAAUAAACAACUAAACUGACAUUCAACCGAGGAGGGGAUGAACCAUGCAGAUAUUGUUGAAUUAUAGACCGAGGAGUCUUUGCUGCAGCUUAAUGCUGCUCAUGGUAAAUGUGAACCAUUUGAAUAUCAUUGUGUGUGAGAAACAUUACGAACUGAAUUUAAAAAAAAACAAAAAAAAAACAAACAAGACGGAGCAAGCUAACGCUGGAUAACUAUAAACUUUAACCAUUACCGCUAAAAAUAAAACGUUAAAUGUAAAUCAAUGAACUCAUAGUGAUGAUGACCUAAAAGAACGUAAAAAUGACGCAGAGAUGCAGAGGUGUUGAGGAAAAGGUGAACUAAGUGAACAAACGCGUACAUACUUACACUAAAUGAAUGUAACCCAAAGAAAGUAAUGAAAACAAUAUUGAAAUAUACUCUAUAUAUACAUUACUGAAAACGAUCAGA